CAUAGGUUGGUCAGUAAUGAAAGAUAUGGCAGUUAGAUCUUGUCUGGAGAAGCCUUCUUGGAGCAGAUUUGGUUAUUGUGAAAUGGAUUCAUUAUUGUUAUUUAAGUUAUUUGAAAAACUCAGCAAGACCUCAGCAAAACACCUACUAUGAUCCUUGGAGUAAUUUUUUUUUUUAAUAAUGGAGAUCUUGAGUUUCCACCCUUCCAAGGGAUUGAGAUUAUGACCCAGUAUGCUGCUCAGGACACAUCAAUUUAAGGAAAGACCUUAACAAAAAUUACAGAGGAUGAGAAGGACCGGAGGAGUUGGAAUCUGCUCUGGGAAGAAGGAAUACCCACACUGAUUAUAUCUCUGAUUCACUCAAGUGUUCAAGGACAAAAAGCAGAUGUAAAAAACACCAACUAAAACAAGCACUCCCAUAUAACACCGCAGAAGAAAGAGGACUGCAGAGGAAACUGAGAAUCACUAUUACGGGCAGCCAAACUGGCACUAUUCUUUAAUGAAGAGGAAAUGAAUGAAAAGACAGAUGCUGAUUUGAUGGAAAGUGGAGAAUAUGAAGAUGACUUUGAAAAGGACCUCGAGUGGUUAAUUAAUGAAGAGGAAAAAAACCACAUUGGCAUGCUUGAGAUGUCUAGUGAAAAGGAAGAAGUUACUAACCAAGAACUGAAAGAGGACGAUAAAGGAGGAGAGGAUACAAAACAGCUUCCUGACCACGACAAAGUGUCAAAGGAUGAGAUGUCACCGAGGCGAAAUAAUUUCAUCUCAGUACCUAGCAUUCAACCUUUGGAUCCUGCAUCUGAUUCAGAUAGUGAGAACUCAUUCCAGGAGAGCAAGAUGGAAAGCCAAAAGGAUCUUGAUGAUGAUGAGGAGGAGGAGGAGGAGGAAGUAAAGCGAUACAUCAUGGAAAAGAUUGUAACAGCUAACAAGAUUCUGGAGACUCAAGAGCCUGUCAACGAAAAGAGAGAAAGAAAACUUAAAUUCAAGGACAAGUUAGUAGAUCUGGAAGUGCCCCCACUGGAAGAUAGGGAAAGUUACAGAAAUGAUUAUGAAAAUGAGAGAGAUGUGUCUGGGAAACUGUCACAGCUGCAUAUUUCUGGUGAACUUAGACCAGAGAGUGUACUCCUUUCACUGACUAAUGGCAGUAGUGAGGAAUAUAAGGAUGGAAAGAUCCUAGUGGAGAGAGACGGGAAGUUUGAGCUUCUGAGUCUACAAGACAUUGAGAGCCAAGGCUUUUUGCCCCCCAUUAAUGUCAACAUUACUGAGAUAGAAAGUCAGCAGUUAUCACCUCGAUCUUCCAACUCAGCUACCAAUGGGAUUAUUGGGAUUAAAAAGGAAGACCUCCUUGGAAAGCCACAUGUUAUCACUCACACAUCCACAGGUGAACCGCUGGUUUAUUUUCCCCAGCCUCCACCCAAUCCCAAAUACCGUCCAAGCUCAGCAGUUAACACACGAAGAAGCAAAGCGAGUGGAAAAUCUAGCCGCAGAGUACAGUCCGCAAAUAUAUCACCAAUAAACUCAACGUACUGUCUUUCACCUCGACAGAAAGAGCGACAAAAACAGAUAGAACUGAGGAAAGAAAAACUAAAGAGAGAGGAGGAACAGCGUAAAAGAGAAGAGGAGAAAGAAAAGAAACGAGAGAAUGAAAUGGUGUUUAGAGCUUGGUUGCAGAAGAAAAAGGAACACUUUAUGGAAAUGAGAAGAAUUCAGAGGGCAAAGGAAAUGGAAGGCAUGAAUAGCAGACAAGAAAACAGAGAUCCACAGCAAGCUUUCCGAUUGUGGCUUAAAAAAAAGCAUGAAGAACAGAUUAAAGAAAGACAGAUUGAAGAACUGAGGCGACAGGAGGAGUGUUUGUUCUUUCUUAGAGGGGCAGAAGGCCGUGACAGGGCAUUUAAACAAUGGCUGAAAAGAAAACGAAUAGAGAAGCUGGCCGAACAGCAGGCUGCCAAAGAGAGAGCCAGGCAGCUGCGCAUCGAAGCCCGGCGAUCCAAACAGCUGCAGAACCUUCUUUACAACAUUUCAGAAACUAAGCCCUUUCGUUUCACCAAUCAUUACAGUUGAAGGUUCCUGUCUGCACCGGAUCUUUACAUUGGUAGCCAGUUUCCCCUCGCAGCAGCAGAUGUCAUUCCUUGUUCUGGUCUGUGUGCUUUGGUCAUAUCCUAAAUGAUGGGAAAAUAUAUUCAUCCUUCAGUGACAGUGAAUUUAUCUAUUUUUUUAAAAUCCUAGAACUGAAUAAAUGCCUUUUAUUUCACUGUUGUAAAGUAUUCCACAUGCAUUGUUUCAAACAAAUUAAAUGGAACAAGAUGAAUGAAAUCCA